AUGCGUUCCACAGCUGCGCUGUUCGCUCUUUCUACUCUCGUCUCUUCCGUUCUCGGAGCCACAUACCCGUUGAAGGACAAGUUCGUCGGCGAGGACUUCUUCACUGGUUUCUCUCACCAGGCGAUUGCCGAUCCCACCCAUGGCCGAGUGAACUACGUCGACCAGGCGACUGCGAAGGCGCAGAACCUCUCCUUCGCCUCUGACACGUCCUUCAUCAUGCGCGCAGACUCCUUCACCGUCCUCGACGCGAACGGGCCCGGCCGGAACUCGGUCCGUAUUCAGAGCAACAACAAGUACGCCACCCAUGUCUCCGUCUACGACAUCAGGCACAUGCCCCAGGGCUGCGGCACCUGGCCCGCUGCCUGGGAGGUCAGUGAGAACUGGCCCACCGAGGGCGAGGUUGACAUCCUCGAAGGCACGAACGACAUCGAGCCGAACCAGUCGACGCUGCACACGAGCGCGAACUGCGCGAUGCCCCACGAGCGCUCGAUGACCGGGGUCUCCGUGAGCGACAACUGCGACGUCGCCGCGAACGGGAACGCCGGCUGCGGCGUGCAGUCGACGAUCCCGAAGUCGUACGGCAAGUCGUUCAACGCCGCCAACGGGGGCUUCUACGCGAUGGAGCGCACCCCGACCUUCAUCAAGGUGUGGUUCUGGUCUCGCGACGACCCCGCCGUCCCCGCGGACGUCAAGACCCCCGGCGCGGCCGUCAACACUGACGCCUUCGGCACGCCCGCCGCGCUCUUCGUGAACGACGCGUGCGACAUUGCGACUCACUUCGCGGCGCACAACAUCGUGAUCAACCUCACGUUCUGCGGUGACUGGGCCGGUAUCCCUCAGUUCUUCAACACGUUGGGCGGCUGCCCUGGCGUCUGCUCUGACUUCGUCAACGCCAACCCCGCCGCGUUCGCUGAUGCCUUCUGGGACAUCGCUGGUAUCCAUGUUUACGAGUAG